AUGGCCCCCGAAAUGAGGUACUUUUCAACCCGCGGUGGCAGCGAGACCCUUUCUUUCGAGGACGCUGUCCUCACUGGUCUCGCUCCCAAUGGAGGCCUCUACAUUCCCACGCACAUCCCCGACCUCCCUGCGGACUGGCAGACCAAGUGGGCCAACCUCUCUUUCCCCGAGCUCUCCCACGAAAUCCUCUCUCUCUUUGUCCCCACCGCCGUCAUCCCCUCUGAGGAUCUCCAGUCCAUCAUCAACACCGCAUACGGCUCUUUCCGAUCUGAAAAGACCACCCCCAUCAGGAAAACUGGGGAGAAGGAGUACGUUCUCGAGCUCUGGCACGGCCCCACCUGGGCCUUCAAGGAUGUCGCCCUCCAGUUCUUGGGCGAGCUUUUCAGGUACUUUUUGGAGAGGAGAAAUGAGGGCAAGACUGAAGGCAAGGAGGAAUUGACCGUUGUCGGUGCCACCAGUGGUGACACUGGAAGUGCUGCCAUCUACGGUCUCCGCUCCAAACCCUCAAUCACCAUCUUCAUCCUCUACCCCGACGGCCGUAUCUCCCCUAUCCAGGAAGCUCAGAUGGCUACCGUACCCGACGAGAACGUCCACUGUGUCGCUGUUCAAGACACCGACUUUGACCACUGCCAAAGCAUCGUCAAGACCCUCUUCUCCGACGCCAAGUUCAACGCCACACACCGUCUUGGUGCCAUUAACUCUAUCAACUGGGCUCGUAUCCUCGCCCAGAUUGUUUACUACUUCUCCGCCUACUUCCAGCUUCCCGAGGCUGCCAGGCAAGAAGGUGCCAAGCUCCAGUUCGUCGUACCCACUGGCAACUUUGGUGAUAUCCUUGCCGGUUGGUUCGCCAAGAAGCUCGGUCUCCCCAUGGAGCAGCUUGUGGUCGCUACCAACGAGAACGACAUCUUGGAGAGAUUCUUCAAGACUGGCAGAUAUGAGAGGGAAGACGUCGCUGAAGCUCCCAAGGGUGAGGCUGCCGAGACUGCCGCUGUAAACGGGUCGAGCGACGGCCAACAAGCCGUCAGCGCUGUCAAGGCUACCCACUCCCCUGCUAUGGACAUUCUCCUUUCUUCCAACUUUGAGCGUCUCCUCUACUACCUCGCGCUCGAGACCAACGCUUCUGAGGGUUCUGCUGAGGAAAACCGUACCAAGGCGCAGGCGACUUUGAACGGCUGGAUGAAUGCCUUGAAGACCGACGGCAAGGUUGACCUUGGAGAGAAGGUCAGGGAGGCUGCUGGAAGGGACUUUUUGGCCGAGAGAGUGUCUGACGAGCAGACCCUUGCGGAGAUCCGAAAGUACUACCAGCUCCCUCAAUACGGUCCCUACGUCGUCGACCCUCACACUGCUGUCGGUCUUGCCGCUCAGGAGCGUGCGGCCAAGAAGGCCUCUCCCAACACCACCUUCAUCACACUCUCCACUGCCCACCCCGCCAAAUUCUCGUCCGCCGUCGAGCUCGCCCUCUCUGCGUCCGACUUCCCCUCAUUCGACUUCCGCCGAGACGUCCUUCCCGACGAGCUCAAGAAGCUCGAGGGUUUGGAGAAGAGGGUGCACAAGGUGCGAGGUGAGGAAGGUGUGCGUGCGUUGAUCGAGAAGAUCAAAGGGCAGAGCAAGGAGAAGGUGGAUGUUUCCGAGGGCAAGGGGUCUAUUUAA